AUGAACGCUGAUCCGAAGGGCAAGUCCCUGACCGUCGCUGACACGGUGUCACCGGAGAGAAUGCAGGCGAUCCAAGACGAACUGGAACGCCAUUCGAAAGAUACGAUUAUGGCGACCAGCAAGUUGCAUAUGGAGUCGAUGCAGGUACGCGCGAACAGGCCGAACUGGAAAAGUUAUCUUCAAAGCAACAUGAUAUCGCAGGACGACUAUAAUUUCAUAACCGCUUAUGAAAUAACAAAAGGCGACGAGCACAAAAGCCUGAUCGACAAUAACAAAAUUCAGUGCGCUAAAACAUUCAUCAGCUUGAUGUCUAACAUAUCAAAAGACCAGACGGUUCGAUGUGUCCUUAUCAUGAUCGACGACAUGCUGAAAGAAGAUCCUACUCGAGUUCAAAUAUUUGCCAAUUACGCGCGGAAGGAGCGACAGUCCGUAUGGUCACCUUUCUUGGCUAUGUUGAAUCGUUCCGACGGUUUCAUCAUUAACCAGGUUAGCAUUAUCAUUGCAAAAAUGGCCUGCUUCAGUCAAGAGCUAAUGGACGGUGCGGACUUGACGUAUUACCUUGUUUGGCUUAAGGAUCGUCUGAAGUCACCGGGAAACGAGUAUCUGCAAACAACAGCCAGAUGUCUUCAGAUGAUGCUACGCAUCGACGAAUACCGGUACGCAUUCGUCAAUCUGGAAUGCGUCAACACGUAA